GAACAAACAACAGUACUCACUUGAGGAAAACAGAAAUUCCACCUUAACCAGCACUUUUUAAGAAACCUGAGGCUUCUAUCUGAGGUGAUCUAAACACUUCCUUCAGGAGUUAAUAUAUAUUAUAUAUUUUCUUUUGGUUUGCAACGCAGAGUUUACAACUCAUUCUGGUGAUUCAGCAGCUAUGCAGCUUGAAAUCCAAGUAGCGCUUAAUUUUAUCAUCUCAUAUUUGUACAAUAAACUCCCAAGGCGACGAGUUAACAUUUUUGGAGAAGAAUUAGAACAGCUGCUGAAGAAGAAAUAUGAAGGGCACUGGUAUCCGGACAAGCCAUACAGAGGAUCUGGGUACAGGUGUAUACAUGUAGGGGAAGCCAUUGAUCCUGUCAUCGAGCAAGCUGCCAAAGAGAGUGGACUAGACAUGAAGGAUGUUCGUGACAACCUGCCUGAGGACUUGAGUGUCUGGAUAGAUCCCUUCGAGGUGUCGUAUCAGAUUGGAGAGAAAGGGCCUGUCAAGGUGCUAUAUGUGGAUGAUAACAAUGAUACUGGGACUGAUCUGGACAAAGAAAUCAAAAACAGCUUCAACCCUGAGGCUCAGGUCUUUAUGCCCAUUUGUGACCCAGCUGGGGGCUCAUCUGUAUCCAGCUCCCCAUCCCCCCCAUUUGGUCACUCUGCUGCCGUGAGCCCCACUUUCAUGCCUCGUUCCGCCCAGCCUUUAACAUUCACCACUGCCACUUUUGCUGCUACAAAGUUCGGCUCGACCAAAAUGAAGAGCAGUGGCCGCAGUAAGGUCGCUCGCGCAUCCCCCACUAACCUUGGCUUGAACAUGAAUAACCUGCUGAAGCAGAAAACCAUGUCAACAUCCAUGCACACUCUCUAUGGGCUUGGUGUGGGCAACCAGCAGCAACAGAAGACUUCAGCCCUUUCUCCCAAUGCCAAGGAGUUUGUUUUCCCUGGCAUCCAGGGGCAGGGUGGUACCAGUGCAAUGUUCCCAGGGGACAGUCCCCUAAACCUCAGCCCUCUCCAGUAUGGUAAUGCCUUUGACAUGUUUGCCUAUGGAGGCCUCAAUGAAAAAUCCUUUGUCGAUGGUCUGAAUUUCAGCCUCAGUAACAUGCAGUAUUCUAACCAGCAGUUCCAACCUGUCAUGGCUAAUUAAAAAGGGGAAGAAAAUUCUAUACAUAUAAAUAUUAAGUCCUAAUUGUAAAAGUUUAAACUUAACUGAACCCAAGGGUGUUUUUUCCCCCCUUAACUCCCUUGAGAACUUUUUUCUUUUUUAUGAAUGGUUUUGAAAUGGGGGAAAUAAGCUUGUAGUUUUGGCGCUUGGUUAUUUAAGCAUAAAAGUUUUUUGUUUUUGCCAACCAAGCACAAAAAUGAUUUUAUAUGGACUGUGUACCUUUUUAAAAAUAAAAAAAGUUGUGGAGACAACCUCCUCAAACAGUAUUUACACUUGGACAGGACAUGGGCUGAUUUAACAAUUGGCACUAAUAAAAGUGGGAUUUCUGGUCUUUUGUAAUUGUAUAAUUUAAUUUAGUAUGAAGUUUGUAAAAUAUCAGAGUAUAUAUUGUUUCUACAACACGGUAUUGCAUUUAUAUCUUUUUACUACAGUGAUCUGUGAUGGCUGCAAUAGCUUGCAUUCUAUUUUUUUUUACAAAUCGUUGUAAAAAAAAGAAAUCCAUAUUCAGGCAUCAAACUACUCUUAAAAAGAUUGUGUACAGGAUAUUCCUUAGUGAUGGUGUUUAAAGUGUAGAAAUUUCAGCUUUUUUUGGAAAAACAUGAGAGUUGUAUUUUCUGUUAAGAGUUUAAAAAAGUAAAAAUAAUUUUUUUUGCUAUAUAUUAUGGACAAAUGUAAUCGUAAAUAUUAAUUUUGUACCUACCUUGUGCAAUACUUGAUAAAAACAGUAUAACAAAGUAUUUUGAGUCUGUGUCUUACCUGUUAAGAGGGACUAAGUUUAUAUUGAUAAAAGUUUGUAUUAAAAUAAUUUAAAAGUUACAUGUCUUGGGGCAUCCUUUCCUGUUUCAUAUCAUUGUAAAAUCAUUGGGUAAAACCAAAUACAGUAGGUGAACACCUGAAUAUGUAUAAAUUCUUUAAAUCUUAAUUUUUCACCCUAAUUCUGCACCAUUCCUAAAAUAGCACGUGCUGAUGCAUCCUGACUUUUUUAAAAUCCGUGAUUUAUAAAUUCAGCUGUCCAAUACAAAACUCUGCAGAGAAUCUGUAUUCUGAUUUUUCUCAGCUUUCCAAAAAAGUUGAUUGUAUUCUUGUUUACAAGGUUCUAUGGUGAUGGAAUUGGAAUUUUUCAAAUGAUCAUGGAUUUGAUUGUGUAAAUACAAAAACUAUUUGAUCCAUUGGGGAUAUUGAAAUAAAGGGAGUAUAUCCAUAAUACUAAAAUAAUUGUUGUCCAGGAAGUAAACUACUACUUCCAUGGGCUGGUAGAUAUCGAGAAUUCUUCUUGAGAAUGCCAUAAACAGUUUAAAAUUUGAGAAUAAGAUUGCUAGGUUUCCUUUGUGUCAGGGUAUCUGAUGAAAUGAUGGGUAAAUGAACUUCAUUUACAGAUCAGCUAUGACAUAAUUGAAUGGGGAAGCAUGCUUGAACGGAGUAGUCUUCCAUUUUGAUUCAUUAAGUAAUCCACAUUUAAUGUUUGGUCUUGAUCAGUCUGGUGAAUGAUGCUGUUUUAAUUCAUUUGCAUGUAUGUCAGAUGCCCUCUGCCAGUUGCCCCAUUUCUUACGCCUUAAUAGCACGAUGUAUAAAUGAGGUGACAGUUGGUGAGAGCCAUACAGGGUGGUGGAUGUGUUUCCAUAUUUGAAGAUAUUGCAGGGUUUUUCUAUGUAAAAACUAUUGAGUUGAAGCAAAACUUGCUUUUCAUGUCAAUGAUAGCCCUUUAGAUGGAAUGGGAAGUAGCAGCUACAUGUGACAGCUUCAUUUGUAAGCACCAUUCCUUUGGAUCGUAAUGCAAGCAGUUGGAUAGUGAAGGGGGUAGACUGUGCUGUUGAGGUGUAUUGCAUCUUUGGCAGCUCCUUAUUCACUGGAAUUUGAUCAGUGCAGGUGUCCCAACACCCGUUGGAUCAGUCUUGCAUUCUAAGCAUUUCCUUCUAAAAAGCGUUUUGUCUUGAUCAGAAAUAAUGUAUAAAACAACUGUAGAUGCUGGGGAUCUGAAACAAAUUGCUGCAGAAACUCAGCAGGUCUGGUAGCAUCUGUGAAGAGAAUAAUAUUUUGUUCAGUGACCCUUCAGAGCUAUCUAAAGAAGGGCCACUGAACUCAACUUAAGUCUGUUUUCUCUUUGCAGAAAUUGUAUGUGUUUUCUAAAACCCAAAAAAUGCUUGUUGGCAUGGUGGAAGAAAAUUUAAGAAAAAUCUGACUGAACAAUUUAGUGCAGAUUUUUCAAACUGCUGUUUUUUGUGAAGUUUGCAUCUCCAGAACCCCCACUACAAUCUCAAUACCCUAACUAGAGGAGUCCAAUCAAUAUAUUUUUACUGUUUGGAAAGCUAAUCACCAUCUUUUACAAGUAAUUGUGCCUAUAAAUGUGCUGUACUGUAUGGCAGUAUUUGUUCUUGAGAUUAGUACAGGCAAUUGAAUUAACCAUGAGUGGGUACGAUGGAGUAUGUUAAACUUUUCAGUGAUUUUGUUAAAUGGGUAUAGUGUUCUAUUUUUUUUUAAAAGUCUUCCAUUGGGAAGUUUCAGUGUACUGUGGUCUGAUUGAACUCUUCCACAUUUUGUGCAAAUGUACUUUGCUCUGAGCCUUUGUCAAAGGUCUUGCUAGUGUUAACAUUGUAACUGGCAUCAGUUUAUUUUAUUUCCUGAAUUAAAUACAUAUGUUUAAAAUUG